AUGUUGGAGGCUCAAGGCGGUAGCGAUGGCUGCGAGUGUGGCAGUCAGAGUGCCAGCGAGGCACGUUGCGCUCGACAGAUGCUGGAAGUGCGGCCUGGGCUUUACCUGGGCGGAGCCGCGUCCGUGGAGGAACCGGACCGGCUGAAGGAGGCAGGCAUCACGGCCGUGUUGACAGUGGACUCAGAGGAACCGUGCUUCAAGACUGCAGCCGGGGUCGAGGGUCUGCGGUGCCUCUUCGUGCCGUUGUUGGACAAACCCGAGACCGAUCUGCUUAGUCACUUAGACCGAUGCGUGGCCUUCAUUGGCCAAGCCCGAUUGGAGGGUCGCGCAGUUUUGGUGCACUGUCAUUCAGGAGUUAGUCGAAGUGUUGCUGUAGUGACUGCUUAUAUGAUGAAGACUGACCAACUUACCUUUGAAAAAGCUUAUGAAAACCUCCAGACUGUCAAACCAGAGGCAAAGAUGAAUGAGGGGUUCGAGUGGCAGUUGAAAUUAUAUCAAGCAAUGGGAUAUCAAGUGGAUACCUCUAGUGCAAUUUAUAAGCAGUAUCGUUUGCAAAAGGUUACAGAGAAAUAUCCAGAGUUACAGAAUUUACCUCAGGAACUCUUUGCUGUUGAUCCAACCACCACUUUGCAAGGAUUGAAAGAUGAAGUUCUCUACAAAUGUAGAAAGUGCAGACGAUCCUUAUUUAGAAGUUCAAGCAUCUUGGAUCAUAAUGAAGGAAGUGGCCCAAUAGCCUUUGCUCACAAGAGGACGGCACCAUCUGUCAUGCUCACAACAGGGAGUCGGGCUCAGUGUACGUCUUACUUCAUUGAACCUGUACAGUGGAUGGAAUCUACUUUGUUGGGAGUGAUGGAUGGGCAGCUUCUUUGCCCAAAAUGCAGUGCCAAGUUGGGUUCCUUCAACUGGUAUGGUGAACAGUGCUCUUGUGGCAGAUGGAUAACGCCUGCUUUUCAGAUACAUAAGAAUAGAGUGGACGAAUUGAAAACACUGCUUGUUUUGGGAUCAGAACCAAGAAAAAUAUGA